GGAGUCUAAAAUUUCCCGUCCAGGCUUAGGGUAUACAGUAAACAGAAAAUCCCAAUUUUCUUUCACAUACAGAAAAACUCAAAUUCCUUUCUUCUUCGCUGAGUAAUCGAAAAUGGGAGGUCACGGAGGUCUGAAUAUUCUCCCUCAGAAACGUUGGAACGUUUACAAUUACGAGAACAGAGAGAAGGUUCGUCGCGACGAGGAACAAGCCGCCAAGGAGGAACAGCUCAAGCGCGAGCAGGCUCGGAAGCGCGACGCCGAGUUCCGUCUCGAGCGUCUCCGCACCGCUCGAGGUUUGGCACCGAAGCUUCUCCCUCCCGGACCAGAACCCGAACCCGAACCCAAACCCGAACUUGAGCCCGAGCCUUCUUCCGACGCUGGCCACAUCAACCUUUUUGAAGGGAUCAAGAUUUUCGACCCAAUUCAGGAGCCUCAGAAAGAGGAUCCUCCGGCAAAGAAGAAGAAAAAGGUGGAGGGAGGACCCAAACCCGCCGUUGUUGUGGGCCCGGAGGAUGAGAAGUAUAGACUUGGUUACGGGCUUGCCGGGAAGGGGGUUCAGUUACCGUGGUAUCUUCGGAAACCUAAUGAUGAUGUAGUGAAGGAUGAAAGCGGUGACGGCGAUAGGAGGGAGAAUAAGGGUGAGAAGAAGAGGAAGACGAUGGAGGAGUUGAGGGAAGAGAGAAUGAAAAGGGAGAGAAGAGAGAAGGACCGCGAGAGGGCUUUGAGACACGAGAAGAUGCAGAGUCACAGAGAUGUUUCUGGCAGUAGGAGGAGGGUCUCUAGAUGAACAUAACAUCUUUUAUAUUUUAUUUAACCUCUGCUGUUACAUCUCUGGUUUCCAUUGUCCACCGUGUUAUCUGGUGGUGCAUUAAGUCACUGUUGCUGUAGUCCACUGCUGCCAGAAAAAAGUAUCCAGGAAGCUAUCAGUGUUGUUUUCAAAUUACCCAUGUCUUUCCGGUGAAUUUUCUGGCAACCAUCUGGCAGCUUUCACAGCCUAUCUUGUGACUUCCCCAGCAACUUCUGGCAAUAUACAACUGACUUGCUGCUGGCUCUUUGGUGGCUUUCCAUUGAACACUAGCAACUUCCAGUAAUUGCGGCUUUAUCUUGUUUCGGCACUGGACAAUAAUGUUAUCUCAAUUGUUUGGUCUUGGAAAAGGAAGUUUAGACUAAGAAUGAUGCCUUCAGAUGCUUUAGGUGAAAUACUUCAGGUUUGUCCAUGACUUUCUCUGUAAACAAAAAACGUUGUAUCCAGUCUAUGAUUUACUUCAAGCUUGACAAGAAGCCAAUGUCUUCCUAGUAACUAGCUGUGCUAGAAAUAUUUAAGUUACUAGAACAAACUACUUUUAUUAGUAAUACUGGUACUGCAAUUAAGCUAUGAAGUUUUAUUCCAGUUUCUACUGUAGCGAAGUUAUUACUGUUGCUGCUACUUAAAUUUUGGAGUUUCUUUAAUCUGUAAACAUUGUGUGGAAGGAAAUUAAUACUAAUAUCCUUUUUGCAUUAUUGAGUGUCUAGGAAAAACAUUUUACUGCGCUAGUGGAUAAUUUGUCAAGAUCCAGAGUAACAUAGUAAAUUUAAUAAGUGAAACUAAAUAUUCAAGGAGGAAGUAGGAAUUAAAGGUUGUUAGGAUAUAAAAGGUAACUGGGACCUUAUCUCUGAGAGCAAAGGGUUUCAUAUGAUCUAUCAAUUAAUGAGAAUAGAAUGGCCUUUAAAGUUUUGAGGGAAUAUGAUAGACCUGAAAGGAAUAAGGGGAAGUGGAUAGUGUACGAGAGAAGGAAGAGGCACAACUGAUGCGAUUAACUGACUAACGGUCUGGCACUUAACUGCCUUUAGCAGUUAAGUGAGGAGGGAAACCAUUAUAAAUAGGAGAGUUAGUGUAGGAGGGGGGACUUUUGGUUAAUUGUUUGUUAGACAGGUUCUAUCCUGUGGAGAGGGUUAGGCCUCUAUUGUUCAUUGUAUACGGAUAUUCUUUUGUGAAUAAAAGAGAUCUUUCUUCAUUACCUGGUGUGUUUGGUGUGAGUUUUGAGUCUUGAUUAGGUUCGUUGUGGAGGAUUGUAUCAGAAUAUUAGCAUUUACUACUGAAGUGUGAGCGAUUUCAGCAGCGACAUUUUCGUUUGCAAUACUAUUUUGUUUAGGGGAUGCAAAAACUAGAAGACUGUUGCAUUAUUCCGAGAGUUUAUGUGAAGGAAUUAAAGGGAAUUGUUGAGAAAUGAAGGGAGCUGAAGUAUAUUAGUUUCUGCUAAGAAGUGACCGUAAAUGUAAUUUUUUUAAGCAUAUGCAUUUAAUCCAUAAAAUUUCGAACAAGUUCUUUUGAGCAAUGUCUUGCUAUUUUGACGCUCCUACUUUAAAAGUGUCUAGAUAUUUAAUAACGGAACUAACUUUGUUACCUCAUUUUAUUAACCUUUGACUUAAUGAAGAAGAAAUUAGAAGGCAUAGGAAGCUUCUGGGCUGCUGUUUACUGAUUGAAUAUUUUAAUCACCUGAUCUAUCCAAUCUGUUCUCUUCGGAAAGAUGCAAAAACCUGUCAUACUCUUUUAUCUAGUUUUUACCCUUUUCCUCUCUAUAUUUUGGUACGGUUAAUUUGAAAAGGGCUUAGUUGUCUCUCAACUUCAUAGGUUUUAUAAACAUUAGGAUCAAUGUUAGUAUAUGGAUUAAUAACUUGUAUAAGAUAUAUUAAAAUAAUUUUUUUUUCAAAUACAUGAGAAUUAGAUGGAUAGGCAAGAUGACACUUUGGCCUCUGAAAUAACAAAACAGAUGCUACCACCUCGCUUUGAAGAGCGUAACAUUUGAUCUCGAUGUAUGAGAUCACUUCAAUGAAUUGUCAGAGUCUAACAUUAAGAAGCAAGUUAAAUGUAGUCGUCGUGGUAGUUGGAUUAAAUUUGUGAGUGGAACAAUUGCUGUGGUAACUCAUUUGUGCAGAUGCAAGGGUAUCCAAACAAUGACGUGAACCCGAAUCAAAAGUCAGAUUCAUCUACCUCUAAUCAUUUCUUCCCAUUUCUUUGCCCAAAAUUGACUACUUAUGUCAAAACGAACUGAUCAAAAUGUUUGUGGCAAUUGAACUUUCCUUUUGAAUUGUCGAUCUUGAACCUUUUGUGGCAUCUUUUAGCAUUGUAGCACCCUUUCUUUUUGUCAUCUCACAUACUACCACGGCACGCGAUGUUUUUACACUUUGGAAUUGUGAAAAAGGGCAUUUGAGGAACUUUCUUUAUUGUCACUCUCGUAGAGUUCGCCUCGCCACUUAGACUUGGACUUCAUUUCAAAAAGGAGGUAGUGAUGAUCCUCAUUUCUGUAACCAAAAUUUUCAAUCAACUAGGUUUAAUAAAUCUGAAUUAAGUAAAUACUUGGAUGAAGCCUUAGAAGAGAUUCAAGGAAAUUUGGAUAUUUUGAAUUGGUAGGAGCUAAAUUCGGGUAGAUUUCUAGUUCUUGCAAACAUGGCAAGAGAUGACUCUACAGUGGCAACUAAAUCUUCCUUCAGCCCUGGAAGAAUAUCUUUUGAUCCACAUUGUAGUUCUCUUGCACCACAAAUGGUAGAAACACUUGUUUGCACGCAAGAUUGGCUUAAAGGGACACACCCUCACUAUUUUCCUCAAAUGAAAAAGAGGAUUUUGAGGAGCUCGAGAGAUGUGAAAAAGGUAACAAUAUUUGUUUUAUACUAUAUUAUUGUACCAUGCUUACUAUAAUAUGACUGAUAAGUAACAUUGUUUUCUUAAUUUUGUAGACACCAUUCCCUCACAAGACUUUACUUAUCCAGCAUCUUGUGUUACACUAGAUGAUGACUGAAAAUGUAGAAUGAUUUUCUUUGUGACUUUGAAUUAGGAUUAUUUUGUAUUUAGUUGUUUGGACCUUUUAAUCUCGGGUUAUUAACUUGUUGCCUUUCUUCAUGCUUGGGUUCCAUUUUAUGAUACUUGUAUAGAACUGCAGACCAGGGUUGUUUUGUAAGCUAUAAACUGCUAAUCAGAUACAGAAUUUCCCCGCAAUGACACCUUGACGGCACCCUUCAGAAUUCUACAACAACGAGGCUUUGGCACUGAAAUUCAUACCCCCAUCAAACCAAGCAGAAGAGAACAACAGACAGUGGAGCAAUAUGAGCGAUGAGAUGGAGGCCGGGAAAUACAGGUGGCAAAUAUGGAACCGACUUUUUCCCAACCCAGCUCUCGCUUCCCCCAUUUCCAGAAUAUCCAGUGAGAUUGUUUGAAUGUUUGGCAAAUUCGCUAUAGCUUUUGUACCUAGUUUAAAGUCCUUCCUAUCAAGUCUUGUGAUCAAAAUUAAGUUGUUUAACCAAAUAGUGAAAGGAAAAUUUUACAUGGACACUAAAGUUUUCCUACACCUAUGAGAUACUUAAUGAAAUAGUUUAUUAAUUAUUUGGAGUUUCUUUUAAGCACGUUCCUGCUGAAUCCAAAGCUGAGUUCAGUUUUAAGGCAGCUUCUUCCAGCACCUCCAUUACUUUCUUCCUACACUCCUAUAAUUCUUCUCAUGUUAUCUUUUCUAGAUUUUGUAAUCCAGAAGUCGAAAAUGACUUUUGAAUUACAUAAUUCUUUUUUUAAAAAAGGUGGUUUUUGGAUUAUACGACCCAAAUAGGUUUUGAAAAUUAUUUUUAAUUUCUGAAUUAUACAAUCUGAAAAUUGAAAAAUGACGUAUAAUCCAAAAACGAUAAAAUAGGAAAAAAUUGAGGGUGCUAAGAAGAAAGCUGUGGAGGUACAGGACAGAUUCAAUCUUUGUGUUGUAUCUAAUGAAAUUACCAUGUGGAGUAAUGCAAUUGUUGUUGGAUAUUGUUUCCUGCACCCCGUCAAUUUCUUCCUUCACUCCAUUGUUGAUGUGAAGUUCCAAUAGUUAGCCCGUGAACUCAUUUUGGAUUAAAACAAGUAGAAAUAAACUUCAUUACUGAAAAUUAAUAACGCUAAUGGCUGGCUAAUGGUGCCGGUGAGAAAAUUUUUAUUAUUCUAUACUGUUUUUUAGAGCUACAUGCUAAUUACUUAUUUGUUUUUCUGUGUAUUUUUCUUCCUUUUUGCUUUUCUCUAUCAACUUAUCUUUCACAACCGAACAUAUAUAUGUUAUUUAGAAGACUGAAUUUGUACAAUAAUAACUUGAGUAGUUAACACUUCACUAUUAUAAUAUUUGAUGGAUUAAAAAUAUAAUGAAGUAAAGUACUCAUUGUCAAUCAAGCAUAUAUUGUUAUGGUUUUAAGGAAGUCUUGAUAAAAUAUAAUGAAAAUUAACAAACUUAUAUGACAAAAUUUGUAAUGGAACGGAAAUAUAAAAAUAAUUUAUGUAGGUUAUAUUUAGAGUACUAUUUGCUCUUAAACUGGUAGUAUGAAUAUUUCAAUAUUUUGGUUUUCCUUUUUAAGUUAGACAUUUGAUUUGUUAAGUAGAUUACUUGAGUAAGUAGAUUAGCCUAUGAUGUUCACAUCCAUAAUAAAAAAGGAUUAUAUUGUUUGGCAAGCUGUCACAACCCUUUUUCUUCUUGUUUUUUUCUUUUAUGUCAAAGGAUAAACUUUCUAUAAUUGACUUAGAAGCUCAUAAAGGAUUUCAAAAUAUAAUAAAGUUUCUAUAAUCUGAUUUCUCAAUCAAACCAGAUUAAUCUGAAAUAAAGUUUUACAACACUAAUUAAAAAAAAAUCAUAAUUAAUAAUUAGUUUCCACCAGUAAUCUAUGUCCACUUAAAAUCAUAAACACUUUUAUCUGUUAAAAAAGACUUGAGAGUAGCAUGAAGCCAAAAGAUCAGCUAGUUAAUUUGGUGGUUGGAAGGUGACAGCCAAUCUCUAGUGUCAAAUCAAAUGCUUGUUGAAGGGUUUGCUUUCUGCAUAGAAACAUUGAAUUAUUCAAACUAUAGUUAUUUCCCCAAACAUGACUUAAAUUAAUACAAGGUUUAGUUUCCAAAUCUUAGUGCGGGGACAACUUUAAAACCAGAAGCUCGUGAAGAAAGGAAAACGAAGAUGUUGACUUCAUAAAAAGAAGAGAUUUUGAUAAUCAAAUGGCCAUUAACAACACAGAGUCAGAGGUUUGCAUGAAGGCUACUACAAAUGAUAAUCGUUCCCUUUUACACAUGGAGAACUUGACGCUCCCUCCGGUACGUUUUCUAUUAUUCUCUACAAUUACUCCUCCAUAGUUAAUAUCUGUCUCUUUUAAUUUCAUCAUUUAUUUCUAAUAUUAUCAUCCUACCGAUCCCAACAACACCAGACUCUAAUCUUUUAAUCAAAGCCUUGUAGAUAGAAAAAAACGAUGGUGAGAAGAGAGAAAUCAUCAACUUGAUCACAAAUACUUCACACCAACGUCAUGGUGAUUAACAAAGUUGUUUAUUCCGAAUGCUUGUUAGUCAAAGAAAAUGGUUUGAAGUCUUCCGAUUAAGUUAUUGUAAUAUCACAAAAUAGAUGAUUGUAGAGAUGCCCAGUUCAAUGCUAUAUUUUGUAAUGGUUGAUGAACAGUUUCAGGUUGUAGUGAUAGCAGCAAAUAUGGGGUGCAAUGGGUGCAGAGGGAGGGUUUUCAGAGUUGUCUCAAGAAUGACUGGGUUGACAGAGUACACUGUGGAUCUGCAGAAGAGAGAAGUAACCAUAAAGGGAGAUUUCAUAGCAAAUUGCAAUUUGCAGAACGAAAGCAUUAGAAGCAGGAGCCUUGAGAGUUCGAAUGAUGAACCCAAGUCUCUGUCUACAUGUUUAGCUCAUUCUGACUAACAUUAAUCUAACAUAAUCAUAGCUACAAAUGAUUAAAUAAUAAGGCUUACUCAUAAUGAAUCAGAAGAUGCUGCCAAAGAAUUCUAAUC